GUCCUCGAGAUCGUCGACACAGAGUUCUCGUCCUUAUUCUCCAUUGAGAAGAACAAAGUUGCCCAAGAAAAGGUCGGAAUGAUUCUCGAACUGGACUUCGAUAAAUUGGCGAAAGAGGAGAGUAGCUUGAAGAGCUCCUUUGUGAGGACGAGGUCCCUCCCUCAGCAUCGUGAGGCCUUCCACGCGCUUGUGCAGAAGCACGGGGCAAAGAUUGUGCAGCUACUCCGUGACAACAAAGGAAAGGGUUACAUGGCAGUGGGAUACAAGUCCUGCGUUAACGGGCGGGAAGAAGGUCAGUGUAAACAUUCCUACCGGCGCUGCAUCACAGCGGCAACGCAGGGCGUGGUGAACCUUCACGACCAAGCCGACAUCGGCAUGAAUAUCGGCUCCCGGGACAAGGGGCGCUAUUCUACAACAGCAACCAUGGCUGGGGAGCAGAUAUUUGCGGUGAGAUAUCGCAAAGUUUCCUUCAUGAAGGGCAAACCGGUAGAAGGAGUGGAUUUUGGAGACGUUCAGAGAGUGAGCCACGAAGGCGGGGUCUUUGCCAAAGGAGAACACGACGAAGAAUUCCUCACAGAAGAUGAUACGUCCGAGCGUGGCGAGCCAGAGAGUGUCGACGCCGAAGAACUCCUUUUGUGUGGCGACGGGGAUGUAGCUGAAGAGUCGGACCCGGCAAUGGUGAUCCAAUCUGAUGUGAAUACCGGCGAUAUUGGCGGUGAAAUAAUUAAGCUCAGGUUAUACAACGACCGUCCUUCCAACUGUAGCACUUAA